AACCAAGUCAUUCGGAAAGAUGGCUGCGCAAAGAGAGAAUGGGAUCCCUUUGAGUGCGCUGUGUCCGAAGUUUCUGCAUACAAAUUCUACCAGUCACACCUGGCCCUUCAGCGCCAUUGCUGAAUUGAUAGAUAAUGCAUAUGAUCCAGAUGUGAAUGCUAAGCAGCUAUGGAUUGACAAGACGCUGAUUAAUGGUCAAAAUUGUUUGACUUUCAUGGAUAAUGGAAAUGGAAUGGAUCGGGACAAGAUGCACAAAAUGUUGAGCUUUGGCUUCAGUGAGAAAUUUGCUGUGAAGGGCCAUGUUCCAGUUGGAUUAUAUGGAAAUGGAUUUAAAUCUGGUUCUAUGCGCCUGGGAAGAGAUGCACUCGUUUUCAGUAAAAACGGCACAAGCAUGAGCAUAGGCUUUCUCUCUCAGAGCUACCUUGAAGCCAUCAAAUCAGAGAACGUGGUGGUACCUAUAAUAACCUACUACCUGGGCCAACAGAAGAGCAGAGAAGAAUCCCAGGCAAGUUUAAAUGCAAUACUGCAGUAUUCGCUGUUCAAUUCUGAAAGGGCACUCAUUUCAGAACUGGAAGCCAUUAUAGGGCAGCGUGGAACAAGGAUCAUUAUUUGGAAUUUAAGAAAGUCUAACGAAGGGAAAACAGAAUUUGAUUUUGAUGCUGACAAAUAUGACAUCAGGAUCCCAGCUGACGUGUUGGAUAACACAAAUGAGAACUACAAGAGGCAAGAAAGAUUGGACCAGACUGUUCCAGAGAGUGACUACUCAUUACGGGCCUACUGCAGUAUCUUGUACCUGAAACCCCGGAUGCAGAUUAUUCUCAAUGGGCAAAAAGUGAAAACACAACUGAUUUCUAAAAGUCUUGCAUACAUUCAAAAAGAUACCUACAAACCGUCAUUUCUGAAAAGCAAAAAUGUUGUCAUGACUUUUGGCUAUAACACAAAGAGCAAGGAGCAAUAUGGUAUUAUGAUGUACCAUAGAAACCGCCUCAUUAAAGCCUACGUGAGGGUUGGAGGUCAGCUGAAGGCCAGCCACGAAGGUGUGGGGGUAAUUGGAGUUGUUGAGUGCAAUUAUUUGAAACCAACUCAUAACAAACAGGAUUUUGACUACACCAAUGAAUACAGACUAACCAUGCAAGCCUUGGGUACUAAACUCGGAGAUUAUUGGAAUGAAACUACAUACAAACGAAAGAGAGAGGACCCAACUAGCAGUGUACCAUUAGAGGAUACAAAGAAACGCCCUGAUCAGAACUGGGUGCAGUGUGAUGGUUGUUUGAAAUGGAGAAAACUUCCUGAUGGCAUUGAUCCAGACAGACUGCCUGAAAAGUGGUACUGCCAAAUGAACCCCAAUACACAGUUUAGGAACUGCUCUGUAGAGGAAGAACCGGAAGAUGAGGAUGAAAUCCAUGUCACCUAUGAGAAAACCUACAGACAGGAGAGGAGUAAUAGGAUCAGGCAGGAGCUAACUAGACAGCAGAUGGACGAAGAAAGGAGGAAAUCAGAAAUGCAUACGAUGUUUUCAAAACUCAGAAAAGAAAAAGAAGCACUGCAAAGGGAUCAUGAGGCCCUGAAGAGAAGAUUGAGUGAGAAUAAUUGCAGAAUAACAGUACCCAGUCAGAGCUCGUCUGCCGUUGCUGCUUCAGGCAGUAACAACACAACCUUGCAGAUCAUAGAUGUCCGAUCGUUGGCUGCUACGAGAAGUCCAAGCAUUAAACGAACGAUGCCUGUGGACGCUGGCAACCUGAAUUUAAAGAUGAGGAAAGUGAACGGAGUCAAUGGUGUGGGGGAAACCUCCAUAGAAGACAAUGAUAUUGUUAUAGUUGAAACAAAGAGCACCCCAAAACCUUGUAGGAAGCUUGACGUUUCCAGGGUCAAAGUGGAAUGCAGGGAUAGCCUGGAGCCCAUCGGGAUGCGUAUGGAAUGCUCCGAUGACAGCCACUUGGAGUCAGAGAAUGGAUGCCCCAAUGCCUGCUCUCCUCUGGAACAGUGCAGGUCCAUGACGACUCAGACAGAGGGCAAACCCCACUUGAUCCCGAAAGAGGAGGAUGUUAGAGACAUGGCUAAAGAGGUGAAGGAGAAGGUAAAAAGUGAUGAAGAGCAUUGGAAGAAAACCUUGGUGGCGGCCCAGGUCCAGCAGGAUGAGCUAAUGGUGCUAUUAGACACCACAUCCCAGGAAAGGGAUGACUAUAAGAAUCAGGUUCACACUCUGACAUGCCAGAUAACCGAUUUACAGACACAGCUUCAGGAAUUACAACAGAAGUACUUGAAGAAAGAAGUCUGCCAUCAAUACACUGAGAUCGACUGUGAGAUUCUGGGAGAGUCGACAAAUCCAGUGUCAGAUUUUUGCCGGCUGAGCCAAGUGGAGAUGGCAAAAGUUUAUGAACAAACACUGAAGGAGAUGGAGGGGUUGAGGGAGCAAUGCAAAGUGCAGGAGACUGUGAAAGCUGAUUGCAGUAAAUGUGCUUUGUCAGAGAAAAGUAACAAUAAUGAUGAUGAACUAGCCUUGCAGCUAGAUGACCUGUUCAGACAGCUGGAUAAGUGUAUGCAGGAAAAUAAAGGAUACAAGGCUGAACUUGAGGUGCUUCAGCAGGAGAAAGCUCAGGUCAUGCCACAGUGUGAAGAGUUAAGGAAGGCCAUUGAAAAUCUGAGAUCUGAAAAGCAAAAAAGUCACGAAAACAAGGGCUGCAGUUCAGCUAUGUCUGAGGAUGUCAUGGGCAGCUCUGAAGAGAGUUGGAGACUAAAGUCCCUUCGGAUUAGCGUAGGGAAGUUGCUGGUGAGCUUUGUUCCAGCUUUGGAUUUGCAGCAAGUGAACUAUGAGAGUGAUGUUAUUGAUGAGAUUUUGGACCAGGUGCUGGAUCAAGUGACGUUAACCAGCGCAACAUGAAAACCCACAAAGAAAACCAGCCAUUCUGCCUUGCAGACAAAAGCAUCUCUUCUUUUACAAGAUGGGAUUUUUUUUUUUUUUUUUUUUUUUUUGAGAAUUUAAACUGUUGUAACUGAAUGUAAAUCAACCAACUUAGUGUAUGUUAUACUUUUUUGUUAUUCUGUUGUGGUUUCUCUCAGUAAAAACUGAUAUGUUUAUUACUUAAGGUUUAAAUGAAUAAAAACUAUUAUAAAAACUAGUAUUAAGUUUUCUGAUGAACAUAACAGAAAAUUGAAAAUGAAAGAUAGAUGUGUGAAUACAAGUAAUUCCUGGUAAACAAACAUAUCGGCCAAUAUCUUUUCCAUGUCCGUAAAAUAUUUGGAUUAGAUGCCAGAACUUUAAUUAUUUUGUUUAUACAUUUAUCGGAGAGGAUAAUACAAUUAACAUCUGAAAAGUAAAAUAAUACAGUACAGUAUAUUGUAAAUUCAUUGUAGAAUGUCCGUAGGUACACAGAACUCUGUAGAAUGUCUCAUGGUAAGUUUCAUACAUCUUUAUUGUAAGAAAAGCUAUUUUUUAUGUUUUAAUUGAUGCUGUAAAUAGAAAUAUUUUUAUAUUUAACUAGUCGUGAAUCUUCCAAGCUGAAAUAGUACAUAGUUUGAAACAUUUCCUUUGUAUUUCAAACAAUGUGGUAAAUAUCAGAUCUUUUUAAAUCCUCUCCCUUACCAAUAGCGUUAAGGGCUUUCAUGUUUUAAAAACAAGUUGCCUAAAGGAUGAUCAUUGUUUAAUAUAAAAAAUACAUUUUCACUGCCACUUGAUUAUUUGCUCAUGUUAAACUUGUUAAAAAUUUAAUUGGACAGGUUAAGAGUAAUAUAUA